AUGCUCGGUUCACGCGCUUUCUUGGCGCUAGUUGGUUGGAGCGUGUCGGCUGCCGCUGCUACUGAGGUUGUAUUCGUGACGGAUUUAUCGAUUUUUACGGUGCUGGCACCCUGCGCGCAGGCUGCCGUCUCAGGAGUCAUAGACUACGAAACGGUCUCUCACUGUCCCUCGGGAGCGAGUGCGCUACAGUCAUGCAUCUGUUCGAAAAACAACGGCGGCAACUUAAAAUCAAUAUCGAGCGCCAUCUCUGAAUCUAUUGACUACAGGUCAUGCGGUUCGACAGCAACUGAUGAUCACGCCAGUGCCUCCACUGUGCUUGCCGGAUACUGUAACCAGGCUGCGAUAACACCCUUUCCAGAACCGAGCCAUAUUGUCAAUGAUUAUAUCGUGGAUUUAUCGGCCUACCAUGAUCUCGCACCGUGUGCUCAAAGUGGUCUUGCGGGAGUGGUCUUGGGUAUGACCUGGGAUCGAUGCCAAGAGGAUGCCAGUCUUCUCGCAACGUGCGCCUGUGAAAAGAACCAGAAUUCCGCAUGGGCCAGCGCGCAAAUCGACUCGUCUGUCAAGUAUUGGUGCGACAGCCACACCAAAGAUGUUGUUUCGGCUCAGGGUGUCUUUUCGGGUUACUGUGGUCUGGUGGAUGGGACGAGUGAAUUCCCCGAGACUACUGAUCCUCCAGGAGACGUGAAUUACUAUAUCACGGCUCUACCACAGUACAAGGCUCUAGCAUCCUGCGCCCAGUCCGCUGUCUCAUACAAUGUCCAAGCCCAAAUGUCGAGUCUCUGUCCUUCUGGACCUAAGGCAUUGGCCUCGUGCUUGUGUUUAAGAAGCGAGAUGACUGGAAGCAUCAGCAGCUUGAUUACUUCGGAUGCCCGAUAUUACUGUGACUCGACCGCUGCUGACGAUAUUUCAUCAGCUCUCGAUGUCUGGGAUGUUUACUGCAGUGCUGCGAAAGGAUUGACAACACCUGCCGGCAUUACUGAGACUGUAUCACAGAAAGGCGCCUCCUCCACCGCUCAGUCCGAAACUCGUUCAAACGGAGCACAGGAGACUAACGCAUCCGGCUCCGGAAAUGGUGCUAAUAGCAACAAUAAUAACGAUUCCACCUUGACGACCACCAAUAAUGCAAUGCCAAACACUGGUCUAAUAGCCGGAGCUGUGGUUGGUGCCGUAGCGGGCACAGCACUCAUCGCCCUCGUAGCAUUCUUGCUGUACCGUCGCUCGAAAAAAGCAAAGCAGGCGAACGUUGCUGCCCCGACUGUGUCGGAUACUGGAAAACCGGAACUCGAUAGCACGUCUGUUACUCAGCCACCGACCGGCAGUCCUAGCCCUAGUAUAAUGAAAGGCCGCAUGGAAGAUGUAUCCCCCGUUUCCGCGGUAUCUAGUCCUUACGCGCCACCACCGAUGCCAGAACUACACAACCAGCCUCCUCCGACGCCGGAACUACUGGGACGAGAGACACAGCGAACUGCCUACGAGGCCUACAGCCAGCAGGUAUACGAAGCGCCGGGACAGACUCGACCGGUGAUAUCCGAGGCACAUGGCCAACCAAUGUCUGAGCUCCAAGGCAUGGGAUGGCAGUCUGGGCCUAUACCACAGGCCUACGAGAUGGACGGCAGCGAUAUCAGGAACCAGCAGCCACGGUAG